GGCGAAUGAGGUCCUAGUUGUAACUUUUUUUCUUAGCCUUACCGGCAACUCCCCCAUUUUGCGCCAGAGGGGGCCCACUUUAAACCUAGGUCAUGAGUUUAAUCACCCACUCACACCUGAGGAUUAUACAUAAGGGCAAUGGCUCCAAAUCAUUGCUACAGACUCCAGGUGCUUCAGAAUGUUGUCUUCUGGCAGAAGCAGUCCUGUCCUGCCAAAGGGCCGGCAGACAAUCGAUGCGGGGUUGAUCGAAACCCCACCUUCAAAACCUCAAAGCUUCCUUUCAAGAAUAGUCUCUGGGAUAGAUCAAGCUGAUGCCACGGCGAGAUAUGAUCUGGAAGGAAAAGACAACAAGGCUGCGUCCCCGAAUUCUAGUGUAUCGAGUGUUUCGCUGCCAAGGAAAAUCAUAUCUUGGAAAGAUGGGGAUCCAGAAAAUCCCUACAACUGGUCAACCACUCGGAAAGUCAGCAUCGUGGCUGUGGGCAUGCUCGUGGUUGUCAAUAGCACAAUGGGCUCUUCUCUCCCCUCGAACGCAAUCCCGAUAAUCAGCGAAUACUUCCAUGUCGCCUCUCCGGCCGCUCAGAUCCUCCCAAUAUCAAUGUACCUCUUCGGGUAUGUGCUGGGCCCCUUGCUCUUUGGUCCGCUUUCAGAAUCAUACGGGAGAAGGUCAAUCAUGAUCGGGUCAUUCUUCUUCUUCACCAUCUUUACCAUGGCAUGCGCACUCUCUCCGAACUUCCCUGCCCUUUUGAUCUUCAGAAUAUUAGUGGGCAUAAACGCGAGCAGCCCGAUCUCGGUCACUGGUGGUAUAUUCGCGGAUAUAUAUGAUGAUCCAGUCACAAGAGGGAGGGCAAUGGCGCUGUUCAUGGGUGGAACAUGCAUUGGUCCCCUCGCAGCCCCUCUAAUAUCCGGCUUCAUAGCCCCAGCUUUAAACUGGCGGUGGGUCUUUUGGAUCGGCCUUAUCUUCGCCGGCGUGUCCUGGGCUCCCCUCCUCUGGCUCCCCGAAACCUACGGGCCAGUCCUACUCUCAAAACGCGCCGCUGCCCUCCGCAAAAGUACCCAAAACCCCAAUAUCUUCGCUCCUUUCGACCUCGAAAAGAAAGGCUGGAAGCAGAUGGCCACCGUCACCUUGACUCGUCCAUUGAGGAUGCUGAUAUUUGAGUUAAUCGUCAGCUCAACAUGCAUCUACCUAAGCCUCAUCUAUGGGAUCUUCUACAUGUACUUCGAAGCCCGAUACAAUCAGGCAUCAUCAACUUCAUCUUUCUUUUUUCCUUUCUUUUGUCUCCUAGAAGCUCUAGAGAUGGACGAGCAAGAGCACGAGCCAUUCAAUUCUUCCGACAUCGAAUUCUCCCCGGUACAGAAGAGGUAUGCCAAUGCAGGUUCAACCAGCAUCGCUUCGAUGCAGGAGCAGUUAUUUGAAGAUCGCAUAUCCUCCAAGAAGAGAGUUCGCGGCCUGACGGACAGUCGGGGAGCACCGGCAACUCGCUAUGCACGUUCCCUCUGGCUCAACCGGAUUGAGAGCUACACAAAACAGAAUAGUACCCGGAUCGAUCCAGAGACCGGCCCAGAUCACGUCACCAUCCUUCGUUUCGUCGAUACCGUAGUCAAGCAUAUCCAAGGCCGCGGGGCUGAAGGAGUGGUCCCCUUACGCUCAUCCAUCAGGAAAGGAAUUAUAACUCUCUUCUCGGCUUUGACCUUCGAAUACCCCAAAUUUAAAUUGAGCACACACGAAUGUAGCAGAAUAGAUGCACUCGUUGACGCGCUCUCCGAUGAAGGGAAGCUGGAUCGAGGCCGACGACGGAAAAAGUUGGAAUGGAUUGGUGUUGCCCUGGUCGAAAAGAUGUCCCGGUGUUGGCUCCAAACCGCACUCGAUGAGGGCUGCUUAUCAUGGGAUAUUGUCAUCCACAAAGCUCUGACGGUUGUUCUACAAUCUGCCUUGGCUUGUCGGGCCGGGGAUAUGUCAAAGAGCAAAUUGUAUUCCGUGGAGUUUAUGCGAUGGAGCCAUUUGGAGAUGAAGCUUCUACCGGGUGAGAACACGAUCGACGGCGUCCAACUUACCUGCACCCUCGAGUUCGAAAAGAACAAGAAACGCGAUCUGAAUAACAAUCGGGAUAUCCCUCUACAAACUUUGCGCGAUCCUUUACGAAAUGUUAUCUGCCCCGUCAAGCUACUCUUUAUCCAGGCUCUCCGGUCAGGAAACCUUUCGUCCCUCGAUGAUGCUUUGACGCAGGCAUCUCUCAGACGUGACCGAACGAUCCAGUGGUUAUAUCCAGAACGCCCUGUCAUACCUCAACUCAACAAAUGCAGUGCUUUUAUAGCCUGGAAUCUACCUGCUGCACCCGGACAAAUCAAAAGGACCACGAAAGUGUUGGGACAGGUAGCUGGUCUUCUAGCGCAUAUCAUUUCGCACGAUAUUCGUCGUGGUGCAGCCCGAGAUCUUGCAAAUCUCAUACCAAUCUCUAAACACCCGAUCGGCGUUGCUACGAAGGAGGUAGCCCAAGUGACGGGACAUUCCGCUAUCAGCUUCGCGAACGGUAUGACGGACGAUUAUGUAGGGGAGGUCGAGCAGGACACCUAUACUACGAGAGCUGAGCAGCUGUUCAUGAGUCGGAAAGCGCCUACUAUUGGAACCCCAUACAAAAAGAGACGACUAGCGAAUAGCGAGAUCACCACCUACUGCGAAGAAAAUGACAUUGAUCCUGCAUCCAAGAAUGGGAGACAGAGAGCAAGCGAGGCACUCCAUCGCCAGAGGAAGGUAGAAUGGAUGGAGUCCGAGAAAGGUCGGGAUUGGACGGCGUCCAAUCCAUCGCAGACAUCGGUGUCCACUCCAAGUACGACUUCCAAAAGGUCUGCGACCGCAUCUGCAUCCCCUAUCAUCGCAACACCGGCCUCGACAACGUCUUCAGUGAGCACGACAUCCGAUACACUCAUUGAUCCGCGUCUUCUUCUCCUUGAUGGAGGCGACGCGGUGAUGGACGACGCCACGGCACAGAGACUUGAUACAAUUCUAUAUGACCGCACUGAGGAUCUAGAAGAUCAGGACGAAGCCAUGGGUUUGGAUGUCUUCCUGGAAAACGCAAACGGCCAGAGCAGGAGCACCAGCGUCUUGUCAGCACCAGGUCGAGAGUUCAUUGAAGGACUGUCUCGAAUCAACGUUGUUCGAAACAGUGUUCUCCAGCAAUACAUUACAUCAGUCCAUGAGCUCAUCCCGGUCCAUUGUCCGACGGGGAAUUCAAGAGACUAUCCGACUCUUUUCAUGUUCAGUUGCGACAUAUGUAAUGCCUACAGCACUCAGUCGCAAUUUUAUCUACGCGCUCACCAACUCAGCUGUAAGCUGAAGGAGAACAAGGAGGAAAAGGAGAAGCUCUUCAUCUGUGACCGUGGCGAUUGCAGAGUACCUUUUACAACCGCUCGACUUCUCCAGGUACACAUUGACAACGUCCAUCUCCGUGAGUGGAAACCUAGAAAGUGUACCAUUCCGGGAUGCACAAGUGAUCGGGUUUUUGAAACACAGGUUCGACUUGCCAACCACAUGCAGUACUACCAUAACCCUAUCGAGCCGCCUAUGCGCUGCUCCUUUCCCGAAUGCGCAUCCACAACGAUGUGGGACCAGAUGCAUAACUACAAGGAGCAUCUCAAACUUCGCCACCACCUCGUGUUUGUAGCGGCGCAGAAGCCGUACUUACCCGCAAACGUAUCGGAUGUCAAGAGAUCGGCUGCUUCUUUCCAAUCAACCACAUGCCCUAUUGGGGGUUCACCAGCUUGCUCGAAAGUUUUCAAGAGGGGCGCAGACUUGACACGUCACUUGAUGAGGGGAAUCCAUAGUCUGAGUACAGAAGAAGCUCAGAAGAUUACGCAUCGUUAUAACGCCGGUCAAGAAGUAGAAGACUUAGAGGUAGAAGACCUAAUAUUAGCUUGUAAGGUUGCUUUCGUCUUUGAAGCCAUCUACCUGCAAUCACCCGGCAUCUCAGGAUUGAUGUUCUUGCCUAUCGGCGGGGGAGCCCUGCUUUCGAUCGGUGUAUUUCUCUGGUAUGACGGCUUCUUACGUCGAGCGCAAGCGCAGCGCAAACCUUGGACACAGAGAGAAGAGUCUCGUCGCUUACCUCUCGCCUUCCUUGGUGGUCCUCUUCUGGUCAUCGGCCUCUUCUGGCUAGGCUGGACAUCUCGGCCCUCGAUCCCUUUCUACGUUCCCAUGCUUGCAGGAAUCCCCUUCGGCGCCGGCUACAUCCUCAUCUUCAUGGCGCUGCUCAACUAUCUCACCGACGCAUACGAAAUCUUCGCAGCGAGUGCGAUGGCGGCUACGUCUUGUUCUCGAAGCUUAGCAGGCGCAGUUCUGCCGUUUGCGGCGAAGCCGAUGUAUAACAAGCUGGGUGUGCCUUGGGCGAGCAGUCUGCUUGGGUUCUUGAGUUUGGCAAUGUGUUUUAUUCCUUGGGUCUUCAGCUGGCAGGGACAGAGGCUGAGGGAUGGGAGUCGAUUCUGUACAUUUUUGAAGGAGAAGAAAGCUGCUGAGCUUGUGGAGUUGGAGAGACAGAGGAGUACGAGGGAACAAGCUGUGAGGAAUGAGGCUGUAGAGAAGGUUUAA